UUCAAUUUUGACACCGCCGAGAUCCGUUGAUGGCCUUGAAAGCGUGUAGACUUCUGCACGGCGGGGCAAAACGGAAAUUUGAAAUCAUUACUUGCUGGAUUGUCUGGGAGGACGCACAGAUACACAGGUUUUAAAAAUCAGUGUAUAUACAAAGCUUCCAGAGGACACAUCACACCAACCAAGAAGUUCAUCAAAGUUGACAAAUUCUUGUUCCUAGAAUGAAGUCCAUACACUUGUUACUGGUGGUGUAGGCAGUGAGAUUGUAUGCACCAUGGCAUUCAGCUCAGUACUGCAGAUGUACCUUGGCUGGGCCAACAGCCUCCUGUGUGAACAGGGAAUCCUCAUCGAUGGCUUGCACCAGUUAAGAAGCGGCACCAUCUUCUGUAAUCUGAUUGAGCUGCUCACCGGCUCUAAGCUCCUGCCUGCCGACCAGGAUGCUCUCUCAGAAACUGACGACAGUGUUGCUCUUGAUAAUGUCCAAGUUGCCUUGGAUUUCUUGACUGGUAUCGGUGUCAAAAUGGCAGUCAGUGCCGAAGGCGUUGUCUGUGGUGAGUUGAAGAGCAUUCUUGAUGUCAUGUGGUCCAUUAUCCUCCACUGUACAGUUCAUUCACCAGAACGCGCUGCCUACCAGCGAACCGUGCGCAUCGGUCGCAAACUGCUUCUUCAGUGGUGUGGGGAAGAGUUGGCCGUCAGCAUUGACACCAGCCAGAGCAUGGCGGCAGUGUUUAGUGGGAACAAUCUCUUGUCGGAUCUUCUGUCUUUACACUGCUCCUUCGAGAACAUUCAAGAUGCUCGGGAUAAGUACCUCGUCAAUCUGACCAAUGGGAUUCUGGCUGCGGAAGAUCACUUUGGAAUCUCAAAGACACUACUUGGACCGGCGGAUGUAGUCAACGGAACGGCAGAUGAGCAUUCCUUGAUGAUUUACAUUUCCUUGCUCAAGAGAAAGGUGUCUUUGCUUGUUUCCAGCUCGCUGUCUUCAGAUGAAGAUGAAUUCAUCAAAAUAUCACCCCAUAAGCCGAUAGCACGUGCACUCACCCAAACUCGCACCUUUAGGUUUACGAGAAAAAAAUUGCUGCCACGGAAACAAAGAAUGGGCAGUACCAAGAAGCGUAACAGGAUCGACCGGGUGGCGUCGUGUCCGUUUUGUGUUGAGCCCUGGACAAGGGUGUCACAGGGCGUGGUUCUCGAGUCUCCUAGUACCAGUGUCCUGUCUGCAGCCAAUUCAGUCUACAGUGGACGCUCCUCGUUAACCAACUUGUCUCAUCACUCUACGCCCCAACCUCCACACCAUCGUUACAGCCUAGAUUAUUCCACCUUCAGCAACAGAACGCCAUCAUUCGACACUUCACUGACUCGUGGAACCAACCAAGAUGUCACACCUGAGAAAAGUGACUCUGGCAUCUCAAUGACAGCGGAUCCACCAGCGAGUCUUCCCAGCGGCCCGUCUUCAAGGCUAAAAGAGUUGAGAGAUCACACACCGGAUUCUCAAAAAAUGGCUGGUGCUGCAUAUGGGGCUACUCUGGACAGAACGGACCAGUCAAAGCAGAUCAGAGGCAUUUCUAGAAUCACAGCAGCUACAUCUUUGCGAAGGCACAGAGCAAUGUAUGUUGAGAGGCAGCAUGAGCAUCUUGCCUCGCAUGAGAGAGACUCGCAAGUCAGGGAGAAGGUAGGCAGUGUUCAUCGUUCGGCAUCCUCAGGGCUUCUUUUCCAGAAUGCAUCGAGAUGUGAAGAGCAGAGAAAGGAGGAUGUGAUCUCCAAAGGGAGUAGACAGGCCGUUACAGAGGAGAGCAGUGGAUCUAACAAUGAGACUAAAAUGAAGGAAGGUCCAAACGAUGGCAGCAGAAAUCCGUUGAAGAGAGGAGAUGAGCUCGUGCAAACUCCAGAUGAUGAACUUCUUAAUUUGUUGGAUACAAUCGGUGAGGAGAGCCAGCAUCUCCGUCUUGAGCUGACUGAGACUCAACUGAGAGAAGCCAUCUUGAAAACGCAGCUUGAAGAAGGAUUAGUGGGUAGCACUAAAGAGGAGAGAGUCAUCUCCAAACUUGUCCAGGAACUUGAGAUGCUUAGGGAAGAAAACAGGAGGCUGUUUCGGGAGUCAGCAAAUGCCAAAAACGGCAAUGCAGUUGACAGGAAGACAAUGGAGAAACUGAAUGCUACCAUCAGAAAACUGCAAAUGGAAGUUGAGCAUCAGAGUUCAGAGAAUUUCAACUUGAGGAUGAAAUCAAAGGUCGGGAGUGAUCUCAGCUCCUUGGAUACGAGACCAGAGAGCGACAUUUUCAGUCUGGAGUCCGGAGCAAAAGAGAAAGUGGACAAGGUUAGCCAGUCUGAUUAUUCCUCAGAACUUAAGGAAACACCUGAACUGUGUGACCUCAAGCGAGACCUUGCCAGAGCAGAGAGCCAAAAGGAGUUCCUUCAGGCAAGACUAAAGGAAAUGGAGGAAAAAAUGGUGCAAAAGCUGGACCAGACUACCGACGAUUUGAAAGUGUCCAGGCUGGAAAACCUCCGACUGGAGAAAGAGUGCAAGCUUCUCCGCAUGAGCAGUGAGACCAGCCGCUUGGAGGUGGAGACGGUGGUGGGAAGAUGCAGGCGUCUGGAGGAGUAUUUAUCACAAGCUCAGAAGCGAAAUGCUAGAUUAACCCAGCAACUUGAGGAGGACGCCUUGGAAGUAUCAUCGCAGGGCAGAUACAACCAGAGCCUUGCCUCCGUCGCCAAGCUUAAAGAAGAAAAUGCCCUCAUGAGAGAAAAGGUCGAGUUAGCUGAAGAAGAGAGGGAGCUUUUGAAGAAGGAGCUUGCUCAUUACCGUCAGAACAAAACGACCCUGGACGAGGUCUUGAGAGCCUGGGACAUUCAGACGAGCAGCAAGUUCCAGUCAUUCCUAGAUGAUUUCAGACUUCGCAUCAGUGAGCAAAGGGAACAUCAAGAGGCAAAGAUUGCAAAGGACCUGGCAAGGAAAGGACAGAGUGUGGAAAACAAUGGAAAAGAAUUUGUGCGCACCGAGACUCAAGUCGGUAAUGAUGUCAGUCGUUCAUCAAGGUCAGUCUCGUCAGUUGAAAACAGUGAACAAGGGUCCGAGGGUCAGGAAACACUCUCUUCAGUUUCAAGGGAGUCAUCACGGGACAGUGACCUGCAAGAAACAAAGCUGUUGACAGAAGAAAACUUGGCUGCCGUAGCAAACAGACAAGCAGCUGUUGAUGAUAAAUACUUGCAAUUUAGCCCUCGAAGGUCAGACACCGAAACUGAGGUGGACUCAGAAAUGGACUCACAGGCUACUGAAAAUGCAUUCUCUGACCUUCCAAAUGAGCAUAUGGUGGCAGCAGGUGGGAUAACUAAGACCAAGCUUUCCGACGGAAUCAGGAGACCUAGCUUGGGAGACCUCAUUGUUGCUAAAGCUCAGAAUUCUCCAGAUGAUAAUGACACAAGAGGGCAAGGCACAGAGAGUUAUCAUUCUGAAUCAAUGAGUGUGGACCCAAAUAACGAGAAAGCUGGAAGUGUCAGUGAAGGUGAAGGGAAGAACAGUGGUGCUACAUCAACAGGUAGAGAGGCGAGUAGAGGGAUGACAACGGACCUUCCAAGGAGUCAUCUUUCCAGCAAGACACGAUUCAGUGCAGUUAAUUCUAGUUUGGAGUCCCUGAAGGGAAUCACUAAAAAGGCCAAACUAAAUCCUGCGAGAGAAACAACCCAAAAUGGGGACAGUGAAGUAACAGUCUUACAACCGAAAAGAAGAGAUGAAGACAGGUUGACUGUUCCUCUCAAAAGCCAAGAUGAUAAGGAUACUGUUUUGAAAGCAGGUGGAGACAAUGUGAAGGACUUAGAAUAUGCACAUACACAUAGCAAAAUCGCAAAUGAACCCACAAAUUCUGACCCCCAAAACCUCCCUGAAAUACAGCCAUCAUUUACAAUUCAUGAGAGAGUUGGCCCUGUCAGAGGGCGUUUCUCAAGAUGGAGAAGGAUGCAGAACAGGCCUCAGCCGGACUUUGAUGGAUCUUACCUGGAUGGCAGUAGGCUCCGCUCAGACCUUCCAAAGGGCUCUUUGGAACCAAAGCUGGACAUGAGAAACAGGAGCAGCAGCUUAGGCAGUCUACUUAACUCCAGCAGUGGUUGGAAGGAAUCGAGCAAACAGUCUGUCCAGUUUGAGGGCUCCGAAACAGCAACAAAUAGCUUCGAGUCAGAAGAGGAAUUUGCCCGUCUUCCAGAACGACGUAACAUAGCCCAAGGAGGCACUAUUGGCAAAGGAAGAGUAGAUGCAGGCUCAGAAAAACCACCUGAGCUUGGUAAGGGAAAUUGCAUGGAUGAGACAAAGAUCUUAGCAAAUGGACACCGAGCAGAGGGAGAUGGGAGUGACGCCAAGCCACAGUUUGCAUCUCCUCAGAGACUGGGGAACAUGAGAUCCAAAUUUGGCAUCAAGCUAGAGAAGGAGCUGCUCGGUUCUAGUCGAAGCUUCAGCAACAGUCUGGCCAACGAGCCGGUAGCAGCCUCAUCCAUAAAAGGUACUGCUGAUUUGAAGCUGGCCAAUGGAAAUCGACCAUCAGAAAUACUGCCCACCAGUCAAGUUGCAUCCAUAAAACCUGGCACCAUGCAUUCCUCAGCAGGUGACGGGGAUGAACAAAGUAAUUCUUCAGAUAUAAUGACAAAUGCUAAUGAGGGCAACACAGAAACUGAGAAUGACAAAUCAGUCUCGGCUUCCAAUUCCACCAGUCCAGAUGUCUCCAAGAUGUCCCCCGCCUCAUACAACCGGUAUUACAAGCACAAGAUGAUGGCUGAGAAGGACCAAGAAUAUGCAAAUAGCAUCAUUGAUAAAUACCUGAAUAUUCAAAUGCAGUAAUAUUUACCUCUGUACCUCAUAUAUAUUCAUGAUCCGGCUUUUCUUCUUGCAUAUUUAAGCUAAAGCACAAUGGCUGUGAUAUGCGAUGAAACGGAUCUUUCUUUCUUGUGCAUUGUGUUGGCAUGCUAAUGAACUUGCAGAUAGUUGAUUUGAGAAUGACUCAUUGAGCAGAGUCAUUACAGCGAGAUGCUGCAACCCUAUGAGGCACAAAAUAUAAACAAAUGAUGGAAAAGUAUUUUGACAAUGAUCUUAAUCAUCAAGGAACAUCUUUCAUCUUAAGAGUUUUGUAUUUUGGUUCGGGCUCAUGUUUUUUUCAGACUCGAUAUUUUAUGGAUAUACAUGUACAUAAUACCAAGUUCAUAUUUCUACCUGAAGUAUGCCUUUCUCUUGUAAGCGUUCAGGCACAGUGCUCCUAGCUUGGAGACGUUCCCCUCAGUAUUGGACAUUUGUCAAGAGUUUCUGUAACACUUGUUUUUGAAAAAAUCAGUUUGUGGUCAGUUUUGAAUAGCUUUAUGAACAACACCUGCAUCCAUCCAGGCAAAGUAUCCACCUGUUCACUUUCAAACCACCGACUUUGUGAAAUGAAGUUAACAUGUAUGUUUAAUGUGGCCAUUACGUGUAUUUAAGGUUAAAGUACCGGCAUACUAGUUCAGUCACUUGUACAAAAAAAGCUAGACAGUUGGUACACAUAAUUAACUAGUAUGUAUUGAUAUCUGGUACAUAUACAUUUUUGACAUGCCAUUGGAUGUGCACCCUGUCCGACUUUCCACCUGAAUGCACACUUUGUACGGGUACUCAUUUUCCGUUUACUUAUAGAAAAUGCAGUGAGAUUAUGUUGACGUUGUCUGGCUCGUCCAGAUGGCAUACGUGGAAAUGAUGACUGGCAUGUUUACUUUGAAUCCAGUCAAUCUAAUCCUGCAGAUAAAUGCAUGAUUCCAGCUAGCUGACGCUCCUGGUUACCCAAAUGCUUUGAAUUGCCGGUUUGCAGUUUGCACACUUUUGAAGCAGAGUUCUCCAGCAAGGAGUAUUUCUGUUUGAUUGACCAAAAUUGGACACCAAGGUUCAAACAUUCCUUUUUGUUGCAUUGUAGGAGCAGUUCGAGGGUCCUGAUAUCUGCCACAAUCUUUUUUACAAAUCCCAUGUAAAUAAAAGUAAAUGUACGGACAUGGCAAACAAAGGAACAUUAACAAAGAACUGUUUAUUAGUUUUUGGACAAAAUGCAGUUACUGAAUGUCAUUCCUUUUUGGUUCACAUGGAGGACAAAUCUUCAGUUGGGUUAUAGAAAACUUUAUUUUUCUACAAAGUGUGCUUUUUGUGUAAAAAAAAGAAAGAGAACAAAAAACAUUUAUACUUAGCUUGUGGAUAAUGUACUUAAGGCCUAGUUGUACUUCAAGACUCUAGCCAAAUUUAAUGUUGUUACUCAAACAACGGUCUACUGUGAUAAGAUGCGGAAUGCAAAAUUGGAACAAUUUUUCCUGGGGGAAAAAGGUGUAAUUGUGUUUAUCUAUUGGCCACUUACAAGUCUCAGAGGUAGGGAUGGGGGUCGCUCUGGUAGCCAACUAGCUGUAUUCUGAUAGAGUUAAGUGGAGGAUGAUGGGGGAUUUGAAGCAGGGCAUGGCCACUGUUCAAAAACCCAAGGUCACCAUUUCAUGACUAGCAAAGAUGCCUGCCGUUCAAACCCAUUCAAAAUGACAAAAAAUUUUACAUUCUACGUUUUUCUACAGUGGUUGAUUUUUGUUCAUGCAGAGGUGCUGAUGAGCUGCAUAUGUUUUUCAGACUGCACUUGUAUGAACCAUGAAAUAUCUUCAUGAACAUAGAUAUUUUAUUGAAUAACAUUUCUUCAUUGGUCACAAAUUUCAAUUGUCAUCACUCCUGUAUGCAAAGCUCAGCUGUGCUGUGGUCUGCAACGUGCAGAUCCAUGUUCCACAUCACAACUGGGAGUUGUGGUGCUGUACCAUGGCGCAGCUUUGAUGAGAUUCAGGGCAUUUUUUUGUAUUGAAUGUGUACGUAUCCGCUCCGAGCGGAAGAAAAGAGGGCGUGGGUUUUUUUGGUACUCACCACAUAGGCGCGCCAUGAGGCGUGCAAGUAUUAUGCAUGUUUGACACGGAGCACGCAGAGUAGGCAUAUCUAAUUAUUCCGGCAUGUGUAGUCUUUGCUUACAAGCAGAAUGCGUGCAAGAACCCUCCUGUAACCACUUGUCUUUCUUUCGCCGAUUGGGGGUGCACUUCAGCUCGGGGCGGGUAAUGUAAGCAACUGUAUUAUCAGAUCGGUGAUUUUUUUUUUGUUUUUUUAUAUACAUUUGAUUUUAUUUGUUAAUUGUUUUGCAUUUUGCUAAUUGCAAUGUAAAUUUGCCCCAGUAUGCAUGCAAGUACAUUGUAAGAGCCACUGCAGACCUGAAUACACGUAUUUAAAUGUCUGUAAGUUAGACAGUCAAAGUUGAUGAAUCUGAGUGUGCAAGACUGAUGUACAUGUAUUCAGGAGAAGGUCUGAUGGUUAUACAUCAACUUACAAAGUACAUCACGUGAGCAGGCUGAAGAAACAUUUUGCCAGUGCAUGUAAUGCUAUGAUACAUAUAUAACCAAGAGAAAAUCCACAACCAAAUUUCCGGGGG